AUGAGGCUCGCAAGCGCUCUCCUCUCCCUGGGCCUCCUGUGCUGUCCUGCCGUCUUGGCCGACAUGGUCAAGGACGGGAGCACAUGCACAGUCACGCCCAAAUCCGCCCUGAAAACGUUACGGUCUCCCCGCCCCACCGUCCAAUCUCCUCGCGCGCGCCGCGGCGCCGAGGUCAGCUACGAGCAGACGGGCCCGUACCCUCGAGCCGACCCGGCCCUAGGCCUCCCCGAAAAUUGGGAGCCCCGGAAGCGCGAACCGCAGUUCGGCGGCGGCGGCGGUCAGGCGAGCGCCGACGACGACACGCCGGCCAUUCUCGACGCGUUCAAGCAGUGCGGCCAGGAUGGGCACAUUAUCCUCGAGGAGGGCGACUAUAUGAUCCGGCAGGUCAUGGACACGACGAACCUGCGCAACGUCCACAUCGACAUCUAUGGACACUUGGAAUGGAGCGGGGACAAUAUCCAGUACUGGCUGUCCAAUUCCAUCUCCGUCACAUAUGCCGGCCGCUCCACUGCUUGGAGAAUCGGCGGCACCAACAUUACCAUGCUGGGCCACGGCAAAGCGCUCUUUUUGGCAACGGGCAGAUAUGGUACGAUCAGAAUCGCAAUCAGGGAAACCAGAAUGGGCGCCCCAUCAGCUUGA